AAGUGAAAAUCUUUCUUGAAAAUAAAAUUCAAAAAUAGGAAAAAUAAUGAUACAAUUUUCCAUAGAAACAGAUAAAUGAAGAUUGAGCUUGUUUUCAUACCGUUACCAGGUAUCGGUCAUCGCAAGCCAACCAUCGAGCUAGCGAAGCGACUUGUACGCAGCGAUGACCGCCUUUCCAUCACCGUGAUCAUCGUCCCUUCCAUAAACAACGUCGCCGAUGAUUCCAUCUAUAUAGCAUCACUCUCAACGACAUCUCAAGAUCACCUCCGCUAUGAAACCAUCUCCAUCAAAGAUCAACCAACAACCGCUGAUCCAAACCAGCCGACUCAAGUCUACAUCGAGAAUCAAAAGCCAAAGGUAAGAGAUAUAGUCUUGAGAAUAGUCAAUGAUCCAACACGACGGCUCGCUGGAUUCGUGGUGGAUAUGUUCUGUUUCUCAAUGAUUGAUGUAGCUAACGAAUUCGAUAUUCCGAUUUAUAUGUUCUACGCAUCGAACGCUACGUUUUUGGGAAUUACACUUCACAUUCAGCUAAUGCAUGACGAGAAAAAGUAUGACGUUAGCGAGUUAGAAGACUCGGUCAGUGAGUUAGAGUUUCCGUGUUUGACUCGUCCUUAUCCUGUGAAGUUACUGCCUUAUCUCUUCACUUCAAAACAGUGGCUACCUUUGUUUUUAGCUCAAGCUAGAAAAUUCCGAAAGAUAAAGGGUAUUUUGGUAAAUACAGUUGCUGAACUUGAGCCACACGCUUUGAAAAUGUUCAACAAUGGUGGUGGUGAUCUUCCUCAAGUUUAUCCAAUAGGACCAGUUUUGCAUCUCGAAAACGGUUUUGUUGACGAGAAGCAAUCGGAGAUUUUACGGUGGCUUGAUGAGCAACCGGCUAAAUCUGUUUUGUUCCUCUGUUUUGGGAGCAUGGGAGGGUUUAAUGAGGAACAAACAAAAGAAAUCGCCGUCGCGCUAGAACGAAGCGGUUACCGGUUUCUUUGGUCCCUCCGUCGCGCAUCGCCGAAUAUAAUGACGGAACCUCCCGGAGAUUUCACAAACUUAGUGGAAGUUCUCCCGGAGGGUUUUCUAGAUCGGACAUCGGAUAUAGGCAAGGUAAUCGGAUGGGCACCGCAAGUCGCGGUGCUAGCGAAACCGGCGGUAGGAGGAUUUGUCACUCAUUGCGGGUGGAACUCGAUGUUAGAGAGCUUGUGGUUUGGUGUUCCGAUGGUGGCGUGGCCGCUUUACUCCGAGCAGAAGGUAAACGCUUUCGAGAUGGUGGAGGAGCUGGGAUUGGCGGUGGAGAUUCGGAAGUAUCUUAAAGGAGAGUUGUUGGCCGGAGAGAUGGAAAUGGUUACGGCGGAGGAGAUAGAGAGAGCGAUGAGGCGUGUGAUGGAGGAGGAUAGUGAUGUUAGAGAUAGAGUGAAGGAGAUGGCAAAGAAGUUCCACGUGGCGUUAAUGGAAGGUGGAUCUUCACAUGUGGCUUUGCAAAAGUUUAUGCAAGACGUUAAAGAAUGCAUUGCAUGUUGAUUAUGUAUCAGAUACAAUUACUUGUAGUUCCAAAGUGUUAUGUUGUUACAUGGGAAAAAUGAACUAUCAUCAUGGUG